CGACUCGAACACAUGCCGAUCGAGUGGAUCCAAGCCACCUACCAUGUGCUCAUGCGCCUAGCGCUGCGCCGCGAGCUCUCCAUCAACCACCUCGAGGCGGCGGCGUACAGGCGCGUGCAGAUGCCGAGCAAGCACGAGGUAGUCUUGUCGAUGCAGUUGACAGCGAAGUUUUACGGCCAGGAAGCGGCGACGCUUCGCCAAGAGCACGCACAGCAGAUCCAGGCAGGCCAGGUGGUGGCAGAGCUCGAGGAACUCUGCUGGCUCAAGGGGGGGGAGAAAGGCCAGCUCAACCACGCGGCCCUGAAGGAGUACGAGCGGCAGAACAAGCAAGAGAAACCAGACAACUCCAAGCUGGCCGACAAUAUCCUCCACUGCCGCAUGCAGACCACCCACUCGGGCGAGUUCGUGAAGGUGCGGCUCGCCGUAGAGCCGAAGCAGAUCGAGCAAGUGUUAGUCGACUCCCUCGCCCAGCUCGGAGGCAAGCACAC